AUGACUGAGAUUGAAUAAUUAAAUUAUGAACAAAUCAUCAAAUACUAGACUUUCCACAAAAAACUUAAAAUUGAUAUUGAAAAAGCUCUAUACAAACUCAUAUAAUUAUAAAUCAAACAAGAUGAUUAUUAACUUGUUACAGAAUUCAUUAAAAAUUAAAAAGGAUAAUCACAAACUAAAAUGAAUGUUGGAGGUAAUACAUUCUAAAAUUUUGAAUUUUUAUAAACACAAUUCUAAUGA